AUGACCCGUGUUAAACCUGGUGUGAGCGGAGACGCACAGGGCAGCAUCAACUCCGUCCGCAGUCCGCCUCCUCUCCUCCCGUUGGUCUGGCUCAGGCGUCCCCCGGAGCCAGACAACUGUUCCGGCAAAGGAUUUACCGCGUUCGAAGAGCACAAUGGCGUCACUGAGCAGGCGCGUUGUGGCCGCAGAAGAGGACCACUUCUACCCACCCGUCAGGAGGCUCCACAACGGCCGGCCCCCCACACCACCCACACCACGAGCUACAGCCACGCACACUUCUGCUCGCACACACAGGCGCAGAGGUACAGCUGUCACCUCUCCACCAGCCUCCCCACCAUGAGCAAAGCCGAGCGCGUGGGGAUACAGGUGCCUGGGGCCAAGUUUGUCAAGCACACGGAGCCGCUCUAUCCCAAGCCUCCGCAUCAGACAAACCUGGGCCACAAGUUAACGUUGAGCAGUAAACUGUGCUUCGCCAUCGGAGGAGCUCCCAAAGAAGUCGCAGCCAGCGCCACAGCCUUCUUUCUGCAAAUAUACCUGCUGGAUGUGGCCCAGAUCAAUGCCUUCCAGGCCUCUAUGGUGCUGUUCAUUGGGAAAGCCUGGGGCGCAGUCACUGACCCCGUCAUCGGCUUCUUCAUCACCAAAACCGGCUGGACACGGAUCGGAAGACUCAUGCCCUGGAUGAUCGGCUGCACCCCUUUCCUCAUAAUCGCUUACUUCUACCUCUGGUUCGUCCCUCCGUUCCUGAACUGCCGUUUCGUGUGGUACUUGGGCUUCUACUGCCUGUACCAGACGCUGAUCACCUGCUUUCAUGUGCCUUAUUCGGCCCUCACCAUGUUCCUGAGCUCAGAGCAGAAGGAAAGAGACUCAGCGACUGCCUACAGAAUGACCAUGGAGGUGAUGGGGACACUGGUGGGCGCGGCGAUCCAGGGUCAGAUCGUUGCCAGCGCACACACCCGCAAGCACUGCCGGCCGUUCAACAUGACCGUUGCCGGAGGUUUCCAUGGCAACGUGAGCCGUGCAGAGAUCGUGCGGAGCCUGGCGCGCUCGCAGGACUACCUGUCACAAGCCAAAGAGGUUUACAUGAUUGCAGCCGGAGUCAUCUGUGGGAUCUUCCUCAUCUGCACGCUCGUCAUGUUUGUGGGCGUCAGAGAGAGAGACGAUCCAUACGGCCCCAAGUCGGACAAACAAGUCUCCUUCUACAGAGGCUUCGUCUCGGUGAUGAGACACGGGCCCUACCUCACCCUGACCGCGGCCUUCCUCUUCAUCACCGUGGCGAUACAGCUGGUGCAGAGCAACUUUGUCCUCUUCUGCACGUACGCCGCUGAUUUGAAGGAUCACUUUCAGAACAUUGUGCUGACGAUUCUGGUUUCUGCAGUCAUCAGCAUUCCUCUUUGGCAAUGGUUUCUGGAGAGAUUUGGGAAGAAGACCGCAGCGUUUUGUGGCAUCACUUGGAUCAUGCCGUUCACUCUGAUGCUCGUCUUCAUCCCCAACGUGGUGGUGGCCUACGUGGUGGCCGUGUCGUCUGGACUGAGCGUGGCGGCCUCUCUCCUCCUGCCCUGGUCGAUGCUCCCAGACGUGGUGGAUGACUUCAGACUGGCAAACCCCUUCUCCCGAGGCCAUGAAGCCAUUUUCUACUCCUUCUACGUGUUUUUCACCAAGUUCGCCUCCAGCAUCUCCCUGGGGGUCUCCACGCUCUGUCUGGAGUUCGCUGGUUAUGACACCGGUGCGUGUAAGCAGCCCGCCCCUGUGGUCUACACUCUGAAGCUGCUCAUCGGCGCCGCCCCGGUGGCUUUCAUUGUCACAGGCCUAAUGAUCCUGCUGCUGUAUCCCAUCAGUGAAGAGGUGCGGCUGAGGAACAGAGUGUGUCUGGAGGAGCUCCGGAAACAGAGCAUCAGCUCCAGAACGAUGGAGGACCUGAACCACGUGUGA